AUGAAACUUUCUCUAUUUAUUUUUGUAUUGUUCUUCACAGUUACUCCAAUUUCAGCCCAUUUCUUCCCCAACAUUACUUCAAUCCCAACUUCUUUGAUCCCAAAUACAACACUAUGGGACGGUUUUAGCCAGUUUCUGGGAUCCCACAAAGGUCAGAAAGUAAACGGAUUAGCAAAACUCAAGAACUACUUUCAACGAUUUGGGUAUAUUAGUUCGUCUUCAUCAGCAAAUUUUACAGAUGAUUUUGAUGAAAUUCUUGAAUCAGCAGUCAAAAUGUAUCAGAUUAACUUCAAUCUGAACAACACUGGUGAACUGGAUGUACAAACAUUGAAGCACAUUGUACUACCCAGAUGCGGAAAUCCUGAUGUUAUCAAUGGCACUUCAACGAUGAAUUCUGGUAAACCCCAGACGAAUUCUACGAUUCAUACAGUAGCGCAUUACUCGUUUUUCCCUGACAAACCGAGCUGGCCGGCGAGUAAGACUGAAUUAACAUAUUCAUUCUUGCCGGAUAAUCAGCUGACGGAGAAUGUCAAAAGCCUAUUUGGACGAGCAUUCGAACGUUGGUCGGAAGUAACGCCGUUAACGUUCACGGAAACGUCGUCAUUCCUAAGGGCGGACAUCAAGAUCGGAUUCUUCAGUGGAGAUCAUGGCGACGGCGAGGCGUUCGACGGCAUUUUGGGGACGUUAGCACAUGCAUUUUCGCCGCCAUUGGGGCUGUUUCAUUUGGACGGUGACGAGAAUUGGGUGAUGGACGGUGAUUUUAUCAAUGCUUCGCCACUAUCAGCUGUGGAUCUGGAGUCGGUUGUGGUUCAUGAAAUCGGGCACAUACUCGGGUUGGGUCAUAGCUCCGAUGAAGCGGCUAUUAUGUACCCGACUAUUUCUUCGGGUAUGAGGAAAGUGGAACUUACCAAUGAUGAUAUUAUGGGGAUCCAGCAGCUAUAUGGAUCGAGUACAAAUUCCAAUUACUCCGACCCGAUUCUCACUCCUAGAAAUGAGAGGGAUUCAAAUGGGGCACAUUAUUUGGUUUGUUUAUUUUGGAGCCAUGGAAUUAUAUUGGCUAUUGGAUUUUUCUUGUUUUUGUAA